UGGGUCAGACAUUGGAUCGUCUGGCCCGACAGCGGGCAUCGGGUCACCAGGCAUGACAGCGGGCACUGGGUCAUCAGGCAUUGGAUCGUCUGGCCCGAGAGCGGGCAUCGGGUCACCAGGCAUGACAGCGGGCACUGGGUCAUCAGGCAUUGGAUCGUCUGGUUCACAGCGGGCAUCGGGUCACCAGGCAUGACAGCGGGUACUGGGUCAUCAGGUACCGGAUCGUCUGGAUCGACAGCGGGCAUCGAGUCAACUGGCCUAAUGGAAUCAUCAGGCUGGAUCAGUUCAUCAGGCUGGGUAGAAACAUCAUGCUGGGUAGAGGCAUCAGGCUGAAUGGGAGGCAUCAGGCUGAAUGGAGGCAUCAGGCUGAAUGGGUAGAGGCAUCAGGCUGGGUAGAGGCAUCAGGCUGGGUAGAGGUAUCAGGCUGAAGUGCGGGUGCCGAGGCACCAGGCUGAACCACGGAAGGCAGGUUCUCAGACGGCAGGCUCACCGGUUUGGAUACUGGCAGGAUGGUACUGGUUGGAAAG